CUACAGUAAUAAUGAUCUGUUGGAGGAGAUUGAUGCAGCCACAGUGAAGCAGCUGGACAGAAACCUGUUCCUGGGAGAUGAGAUACGUGAAGUCUACCAUGAGAUUAUGAGAACAAUACCAAACCAGCAUCUGGAACUGGAUGAUGAUGAGUCUGUUGUACCCGCUGCUGACUCUGUGAACAUGUCAGGAACGAUGGCGUCGGCAUCGUUGGUGCGGAAACGCUCUGACAGGGUCAUCAAUCCAGCGUUCAUCAAAAAUGACACAAAGGCUCCAUGGGGAGAGAUGGAUCAGAAACAGUGGGUUAAAACACCAAAUAAUCCGCCGAAGAACUUCCAGGGUGAAGAUGUUUUUGCACCACUUACCAAUCUAGAAGAUUUACUGCACUUGACCCCUAUACAAGAACUAUUAGACAUGACGCCAAAUAUGGACAAGGUACAUGAAGUUAUACGUAACCCGUCCAAAAUGUCUCAGUUAUUGACGAAGGAAGAUAUUCCAUCAUUCGUUCAAGACAAAAUGGCAAGAACAUACGCCUCCUGGCUUCUCUGGUGGAAAUCUACUAUAACGAGUGAUGAUUACAUGAAAUACCUCUCCACUCAGGAGACGGACUAUAUGGCGGCAGUUUUCCAUUUCUACGACUCGGGAGAGGAGGAUGAAGAUGAGGAUGAGGGACCAGCGCAGCCCCACCAUCAUCACUACCCUGCCACCCUGGGUACCACUGGGAUGCUGUCACAGAAACGCUCUCAGUCCAGAACUACUCAUUCCAGUAAACAGACAAUGGAAAGGGAAAAAGAGAUGAAAUUGAAAGCAUUACAAGAACAGAAGGCAGAAUAUCAGGAGGGGUUCUGGAAUGUUAACAGUGUACUGUUGGGUGGACUCGGAAAAGAUCCCGUUGUUGAAGAGGAAGUAGACGAGAGUACAUUAAAGGCCCCAAAAUCAGCGGACACCCAGCGAUCAGCAAAGACCCUGCAAGAGAGGGCUGCUGCAAGACAUUCUGCUAAAAAGUCUCGACAGGACCUAACACAGUCACGGGCCUCUAAAGUUACAACAAUGACAGCUACAAGUAAAAUAGAGACAGACAGAUCAUCUGUGAGUGAGGAAGCUGAGGUACCAUUGACACCGCAGGACAGGUUAGAGAAAGUAUGGACAUCCCUUGAGAUGCCUGACAAUCUCAAACUUGACAUGGCCAUCAAAUACAGCUGUAACGAGUUCUUUACUAAACUUGCAGAGGCAAUUGAGCAAUGGGAGAAGGUUACAGAUCUUGUACUGAAGAGGGAGGCUUUGUUAGUAAAACUGGAAAAAUUUGAAAGAAUGGCAUCAGAUCCGAACAGAUUCUUUGAGAAAGGUCAGAAAAGAAGUUCAGUUCAGAGGCUGAAAGAGGCACAACAGAGAAGCUAUUUUUAUAAGAGAAUAGAUGCAGCUGAUGCAGAAAUAAAGGAUGAGUUACAGCUGAUUAAGAAAAACUUCAAAGAUGUUAUUACAUAUAAAGGUCGACCAUACCAUGAUAAGAUGAAGUGGGACAGGAUAGAGAUGUUGCACUGGUUACAGGAAGAACGCAAGCAGAAUGCCCUACAGUAUGAAGCCAUGAUGAAAAAUAUUCCACUGAAAAAUGCACAACUAGAACCUAUACCUAUGACACUACCUGUACAGAAAGUCACCUGAUUGUCCAGUACUCAAAUCAUAUAUUUGGCAUUUCUAAUUCUUCUUUUAAAAAAUGAAUCUCUGGAAUUCCAAAAGAAUGGCUGAAUAGUGAAUUACUUUAUUUACUUAUUGAUGAAAAUGGGCAUUUGCGUUUCAGAAACAGUUAGAAUUUGAAAAUCAUAAUUAUAACAACUACUUGAUGACAUUUUUGGUUUAAAUGGAAUAUUUUUCUGUUAUUUUUUAAUCACAGUGUUGAUUUUAAAAAAAUGAAAAUAUAUUUUAAAAACAAAGUGACUGAUUUCCAUAAUCCAAGAUGUAUGAAUUAC